AUGGAUGAAGACAGCCUCCCCAUCCGAGCAGCCCCGAGACCCCUGCUCGUGGGGCCAGAUCGGAUGGACUCCCUUUCAGACCUGGAUGUUUCGCUGACGCCGGACAAGGUCGGCAAAUCCAUGGGAAUACUGAAAAAGCGGGAAGGGCCGGAUGGCGAUGUGGUGAGAGGGAAAGCCAGCCGUCGGCAGAAACGUAUUGGCAAACCAUUUCGGGCAGUACAAACACAUGCAGGACGGGUUUUCAAAAGAGACAGGAGCCCACCUCCUGUAUCGCUGCACACGUUGCAGGUCCGGUUUGAUACUGGCUCUGAGCCCGAGGGUUGUGACGAAGAAGCAUUAACCCCAGGUGACCCGGAUUUCCGGGAGGAGGGCGCAAGCCCCAGGAGCCCAGCUCUGGCGUCGGCUCCCGAAGGGAGUGAAUCGAAAGCCCAGACUCUAGCCAACCCGUCCUCCAUUGUCACCAGCGACCGAAGGGAUAAGGGCCCGGCCCUCCGUGACUCCCGGAAGGUUAAAGCCGCCAGGCUGAACGAGGUGUGCAAGCCCCCGAGGCGGGGAGUGCUCCCGGGAGGCCCCGGGGGACGUGGCGACUGCCCCUUGGCCAGCCCCGAGUAUAACACGACCCUGGCGCUGGGGCAGGAGCUGCAGCAGCUGAGGGAAGCGGGCUUCGAUGCGAGGAGAGCUGCCACGGAGCAGCUGAAGAGGUCGUCGGUGACGCGGCAGUGCGUGGAGGGGAAGGUGACUGAAGGCUUGAACGUGCCGAAGGAUCUGCAACGUUACAAAGGGCUGGUGAGCUUGGAGGUGCCUGUGGAUGAGGUGCUGAGUGUGGCUGUACAAGAGAAAAUGCUGCUGGUCAAACCAAGGGCAGAGAAUAAGAAGGUUGUCGGGGUGGAAGCCCCCGACCUGACAAUGUUCUACGACCCCCUGGAGCUGUUGACCGAGACCCCGCACCUCUCCGUGGAGGGUCUGCCAGCACUGAAGGUGCAGGCACAGCCGAAACCAGCGGCCAAACCCUUUGAUCUUUACCGGAAGCUGAGGCAGUGGGAGGCCUAG